AUGAGAUUUAUCCUUCUCCUGUGUCUCUUAGCAAGUCACGCGGUCUCGCUUAACUCGUCAGACUCCGUUUAUAAUAUCACUGUUCAUGAACGCGAUCGCCUUAGCAUCUCACCGCAUGAUUUUACAUGGGUCAAGAAGUGGGCGGCGGUUGGAGACAGCUAUACUGCUGGAAUCGAUAGUGGUAAACUCUUGAGUGGGCGUGCCGAUGACCGCAAAUGUUCUCGCUACGACCAGUCCUACCCCGGUCAACUCAAGCACGUCUUUGGCCCUCAGGUAAAGCUUUUCGAGUACAAGGCUUGCAGUGGAGCUCGAACACGACAGAUCUUCGAGCAGGUCAAGAGUCUCUCCACCAAUCUCGACAUUGUGGUCAUCAGCGCUGGAGGAAAUGAUCUUUGCUUGGCCGACAUCAUCAAGACCUGCAUUUUUCAACCCGUUCAGGGCGAAGACAAAUGCCAGGAGGUCCUGGACUUGGCGCAGCAUAACAUCGACACCCUGAAGCCCAACAUCCGCGAGAUCAUCGAUAUACUGAGGUACAAGCUCAGCUACAACGGAAUGAUUGUCUGGGUGCUGUACGGCCAAUUCUUUAACCUUGAGAAUGAGGAGUGCUCCACAAAGCAUGACUGGUCUUUCCCCUCUCAUUUGAAUCAAACAAGCAAACACAAUAUCACUUGUUUCCACAGUGACUCCCAGAGUAAUCUCCGAGCAAACCUCCUUCAGAUUUCAACAAACCACUCAAAGGUAAAUCCUUCACACCACGAAAGACUACUCACCCCAUAA